AUGAGGUCAUGGCUGAGAGGCAUCUACCUCGUUCUGCUCAUCGUCAGUCUAGCUUCAAUAGCGACUGUGCAGGCCCUGCCCCCCGGACAGAUUGCAGCCCUCAGAAAGGAAGCUGAGGACAUCUUCUAUCAUGGCUACGAAAACUACAUGGCCCAUGCCUUCCCAGAAGACGAGCUGCGUCCAAUUUCCUGCAGACCCUUGACGCGCGACCCUGAUAACCCGGCACAUAUCGAAGUCAACGAUCCUUUGGGAAACUACUCUCUUACACUCAUCGAUAGCCUGUCCACGUUGGCCAUUCUAGCCUCGAACCCUGCGAACCCGAAACAAAACAAGCCUCUGCGACUCUUUCAAAGUGGUGUGCGCGAUCUGGUUGAACAGUACGGCGAUGGCACCGAUGGGCCAUCUGGGCACGGGUUAAGGGCGAAAGGGUUCGACCUUGACAGCAAGGUACAAGUUUUCGAGACGGCAAUACGUGGUCUUGGUGGUCUGCUGAGUGCUCACCUUUUUGCUGUCGGGGAACUACCGAUCGAUGGAUACACCCCUUCCAAAGAGCAGGCGUCCUACGCCAGGACUUGGCACAAGAACCAGAGCUCGGGAAAAGCCGAGGGAAUCGCAUGGUCAAAUGGGUUUGAAUACGAUGGUCAACUCCUCAGACUGGCGUAUGACCUGGGAAACAGACUGAUACCUGCUUUCUGGACACCCACAGGGAUACCCUAUCCCCGCGUCAACCUCCGACAUGGCAUCCCGUUUUACGUCAACUCUCCGCUCAAUGCACAGGCCCAGCAUGGCAAGUGUGAAGCACACCCAAAUCCACCCGAGAUCACCGAAACCUGCAGUGCAGGGGCUGGCAGCUUGGUCCUGGAAUUCACCGUUCUGAGCAGAUUGACUGGCGACUUCCGCUUUGAAGAUCUUGCCAAGAGGGCGUUCUGGGCAAUCUGGUCGAGACGCAGCAGUAUCGAUCUGAUCGGGUCUGGCAUUGAUGCUGAAACAGGCAACUGGAUGGGAAGUUGGACCGGGAUUGGUGCAGGCAUUGACAGCUUCUUCGAAUAUGCCUUGAAGUCGCACAUCCUCCUAUCCAGGGAAGACUAUCCCACACCUGAAGAUCCCGCCGAUAUUCAAGAUCCGAGAGUCCUCUUCGAACCGUUACCGAUUGAGGAUGACAGCCCUCAAGCGUUUCUCGAUGCCUGGAAUACCGCCCAUGCCGCAAUACGGAGACAUCUCUACCGUGGCGCAGGCUACCAGCAUCCUCACUAUAUUCAAGCUGAUCUGGUCACCGGUGCUGUGAGGGGCUUCUGGGUUGAUGCCCUGAGUGCAUACUACCCCGGUGUCCUUACUCUAGGAGGUCAUAUACAAGAAGCACAGGAAACCCAUCUUCUGCAGACGGCUCUCUGGACAAGAUUCUCUGCCUUGCCUGAACGAUGGAACCUGAUCACCGGCGGUAUUGAAGGCGGCCUAGGCUGGUGGGUUGGUCGGCCGGAGUUUAUCGAGUCAACCUACUAUCUUUAUCGCGCAACGGAAGAUCCGUGGUACCUUUAUGUUGGAGAGAUGGUGCUGCGGGACAUCAAGCGCAGGUCUUGGACGAGGUGUGGCUGGGCUAGCAUCCAGAAUGUGCUGACAGGCGAAAAAACGGAUCGAAUGGAAAGCUUUUUCCUGGGGGAGACCGUAAAGUAUCUGUUUCUCCUUUUCGACCCCACACAUCCUCUCAAUCACCUCGACGAGCCCUUCGUUUUCACGACCGAAGGCCAUCCAUUGAUAAUUCCCCGGAGAACUGAUCAGGGUAAAGGUCAUGGCAGACUCUGGAAUGCGCCAGUCACAGAAAAGACUACUUGUCCUGUGAAGCCAGAACCAUUGCCGUUCACCGUCUCAAACGUUGCGGCAAGAGGGGACGUUUACCACGCGGCGAAUCUUGCCAGGUUGCAUCUGAUGCCCUCCAGGCACAAUGUCGAAUCAGUUCUCGGUGACUAUGCUGCAGACCAUCCGAGCAUAACCUUAUCUGAUAUCAGCUCACCAUCCAACUAUACCUAUUUUCCCUGGACGCUCCCACCAGAGCUGGUUCCUUUCAAUGCCACGACCUCGUUAAUUCCCACGAGCCCGACGCUCGAUAUAUCGUUCCCAGCAAUCCCAAACCUUGGCCAGCCGGCUCCGCCACUCCAACGAGUGAAAGAUGGCAUCCUCAUCAACUUCAUUGGUGGUAUGCGUCUGGGCCUGAUCCAGGACACGCCUAUGUUAGCCGAAGACGGGAUACACGACGCCUUUCGCGUCCAAACAAUCAACAACAUUCCAUUGGGGAAGGACGAGAAAGUGUUUCUCCCACGGGACACUGGGAAAGAGAUCCUGAUCGCCGCAGAUCCCAACUUCAUCUGCAUCCGGGAGCCUGUCAUGCUCGAUGUUGUGUUGGAUCUGGAUAACGCGGUAGUCCAAGGACAUACGGCACAGAAUUCCUCCGAGGACACGUUUAGCAUUGACGUCCCCGACCUUGAUCCUGCGACAGACGGGGGGAUGCGAGCGGCAUGGAAUGCAAUUGUCUCGCAGAUCUCCAGCCUUAUUAGAGACCGGCCGCAACCCGCCUGGCCCUUUUCGACGCCGUUCUCCAUCAACUCGGCUCCGACGCAGCGUAGUCUGACCUCGUUGACUGAUCAUAGACCACGCUAUCAUCUCCCUGCAGUCACCCCCAGUGGCCCAGGUGCAGCAACUCUGCCUGACUGGCCUGAAGUAUCGACUAUCCCGUCACCAGGCGCACAGAGUCCGCCGCUCACUUGGACCAAAAUCUAUGCGACGGAUGAGCUUUGCGAUCACAAGCUUCCGAUCAGUGUGGCAAGAAGUCAUCAGGUUCUUGUCGUGAAGAGAGGCGGGUGCAGUUUCAGCGACAAACUACAAAACAUUCCUUCCUUCUCGCCGUCGCCGCAAUCCUUGAAACUGGUCAUCAUCGUCUCGUACGGCAACGACGAAGUCUUUGACAUGAAUCUGGGCGAGCAUCAGGGCUCGGGCGGCGACGAUUCCUUGAUCAGACCAUACCUAGAUCAACCACAGCUCACGCCGAGUGGACUUGCACGCCGCAAUCCAAUUCCCAUGGUGAUGGUUGCAGGUGGCAAGAAAGUGUAUGAUGCAUUGAGCAGAAAGACCGUUGGCGUCGGUAUCAAGAGACGGUAUCACGUUGAGUCCAGGGGGGUCAGAAUCACGAAUUUCAUUAUUGUGUGA